UGGGACGUUUCAGAAGGGAGCUCUCCAUGUGAUUGAUUCAGUGAGUUUCUUCAUCAGCGGCAGGCAAGGCAGCUGCAGUUCCCCUCAUAAACACACUCAUAUAGCCAGUGUGCAAGAAGGAGCAAGGACGUCCCUUUUCGCAAGCAAACCGGAGAUGCCAAGCGUGUGCACUUAAUAUAAUAGUCUGCCAUUGCAAGAUAACUUAAUUUCCUUGAGUCUUAUUGUCGUUUUUGAAAGAUUCCAAUCGCCGGACAGGCAAAAAAGAUGCAUACUAAUUGUGUACAGGACAAGUGUGACCAUAUUGCCAUUCGUGCUCGUGACAAACGAUCUGGCAACAAAGGACUAUUUCUCCUGCUGGAGACCGCGAGGAUAAAGAAGGCAGGAAUUUAAAGCCAUUAUCAUGGAUUUUGUUAUGAAGCAAGCUUUGGGAGGAGCCACCAAAGACAUGGGGAAAAUGUUGGGUGGGGAAGAGGCUGAGAAGGACCCUGAUGCGGAGAAAAAGGAGGAGGAAAGACAAGAGGCACUUCGACAACAGGAGGAGGAGAGGAAGGCAAAAUAUGCAAAAAUGGAAUCGGAGAGAGAAAACGUCCGACAGGGCAUCAGGGAUAAGUACGGCAUCAAGAAGAAGGAGGAGAAGGAAGCCGAGGCCCAGGCUGCUUUGGAUCAGGCAGCAGAGGGGAGUCUUACCCGCCCCAAGAAGGCCGUCCCAGCCGGCUGUGGUGAUGAGGAGGAGGAAGAGGAAAGUAUCAUGGACACGGUCAUGAAAUUCCUCCCUGGUCCAUUUAUGGAUAUGUUCAAUAAAAAGUAACAGCGUUGGCGGUAUUAGAUUGUUAACCUUCCAACAUACAUAACCAAGACCAACCAACCCUUCUUCACCCAUACAUCCCCGUUUCUAAGAGCCCUGGAUUUGAUCAGCGCGCCAUAAUAUUUGUCCUUAACUUAAAUGAUCUGAUCCAUCCAUGUGUUACAUUGUCUUGUUUGGAAGGAAGGAAAAAAUGUAUGAAAUGUAUGCAUUCACUACUGUAAGUCGCUCUGGAUAAGAGCGUCUGCUAAAUGACUAAAAUGUAAAUGUAAAUGUAAGACCACUGAUUGGUGAUACCAUGACAUGAUGUACGAACCUAUGUAACGUCUGCAUAGAUCCAAUACCUUAACUUAAAGACAAAUUUGAUGCCGGGUUUUCAAGGUGUCCAGGCCUUAGAAUGUGUUCUGAUAAACUAUAAUCCACAAUUUAUGUUUGUAAAUAAUAGCCUCUGGAUUAAAAUGAAUAUAUGUGAGUACCAGAAAAUAUAUAAAGAGUAUAAGCCAUAAUUUAAACAUUUAAGACAUUCUCCAAAUCAGAUAAACAUUUGAUUACAUUUAGCUGUUUUGUUCUUGAUGAUAUUGAUAUAUCUAUAUCUAUAUCUAUAUAUAUAUAUAUAUAUAUAUAUAUAUAUAUAUAUAUAUAUAUAUAUAUAUAUAUAUGUAGUUUUUAUUGGUUCUUCAUUGAUCACUUUAAUACUGUUCUCUGUCCCAAAACAUUCAUAGGUUUUAAUGUUGAAAAUUAUACUGGUAAUUGUAACAAUGUUGUGAACCAUAAAGAAAAUGGAUCAUUCAUUCAACAACAAAUGUUUUUCAAGCAUGCCGUUGCUAGAUUUUGUGGAGUACAGUACGUUUACAAAUUCCAUUACAUUUGGUAUGAUUAAGUGAAAUACAUUAAUAUUUAAGGCAAUAACUCUGGUUUUCAAUUUUGUUUCGAUGACACUACCAUGUACGGUAGGCUAUACAUAGACAUCCUAACUGUUCUUCCUUGAGAUGAUAGAUGUCCUCGAUAAAAAUGCUCAACAAAAAAAAACUAUGAUAUACCUGUGCUUAAUAUAAACCCAUAGUUGUAUGUCUUGUUGCUAACUCUAUCUGCUUGGCUCAUAAACAGUAGGACUUGUGAGAAUCAAAUCCAGCAAAUACAAUUGGACGUAGAGGGCUUAUAUGUUUACUAUUCUAAUUUCCAUAUCUGUAAAUAGAUUGACUAGAUGUACUUAUAGUUUUCUCAACCACAACUAUGUUGUGUACACACUUUAUGUGAACAGACAGUGACAAUGGUGCAAUAUAUUGUUCGAAAUGGAGUUGUCCUGUGUCCGUUGGUAAACUAAAGGGAGUGCAAUCCCGAAUCAGCAAAAACAGACAAUCUUCACUGUUAUGUGUUGAGCUUAAUACAUGUUGUGUGUUUGUGCAUAGACACAACGUUGUCUGACUAGUAACGGCGAAGCGUAUGACUUCAGUCCGAAGUGUUUAAUUUUGCCAAGCGGGGAAAGAGGUGGAGGAUUAGUUUAAUGUAGGGUGUUUUAUCGCCUUGAUCAUUUCAACCAGUGCGGGUCAUUGUCUCUCAGUGGGAUUCGGUUUGUGGUUCUUCCAUACUGUGAAUUUGUGUUCUAAACUUUACAGAGAUUGCAGGACAAAACCGUUUUUUGCUAAUAACUUGAGAGGCAUGCAUACACCAUAGGAAACAGUUGUCCUCCGAUAAGUUCUUCUAUAUGUUGUAAUUUUUUUCCCCAGAGGUCAAUAUCUACAUUUCCCCAGACGUUUCUGUCGUUCAGUUGUAUCACAGAACUCUAAAUGUUUAAAGUUCUUUCAUCUCUUUCCUUCAAUUUCUUAAUUUAAAAUGAAUUAAGCUGUAGUGUACAUUCCAAAUAUUUCAGACAUUCCAUAGGGCCUGCGCAGGCUUCAUAGGGUCUUGGACAUCAAAUAUGACAAUUUUGUCGUUAGUAUGAAGAGAAUGGCUUUGAUGCUCUUCUGUAGCUGUGGGGAUUUCUUUUUUUGUGUUGAGGUAGAUACAACACAUGACCAAGUAAAUGUCAAUAGCUAUCUAGCCUGCCAUGUACAGAAAAAAAAGUCCAACAUGUAAUCAAAGAGAAAGACAAAAUGCACUAUAGCAGCUAGCUAACUUAUAGAGUGCUGGCUAACAGAUAGAUUGUUAAGCCUUUAUUUUGGCAGUGAACAAGCUAGCUAGCUAGCAUUUGUCAAUGAUGCACAAUCUGAGAAACCGUUUGCUUUCAGUGCCAUUGUAAUUUGCUUACAAACCAAUGGAUGUUGAGUGUACUAGACAAGUAUCAAACAGUUUACCGAUGGCAUUUGUGAAACUGCCACUGUAUAUAUCAGCCCAGUGUUGAUGCUAGUUAGAUUCAAGAUUAGCCUUUAGAAACCUGCCAAGUGUGAUUCUGGGGCCUGUAGUAGCUGUGGAAUAGAGAAGAAAAAUCUGCAUGAUGUAAAACCGAGCUACAUAGUAUGGUCUCCAACCUUCAUGCCAAUUGCCUACAAAGUUUGUAGCUAGACAUAUGAAAGACACAACAUUAAGGUCAUUUAUAGAGCACAUUUAUUGAACUUCCUGUGAUUUGUAUGUACUUGUGAACUGCCUUCAGCCUCUAAUUUAUCAACGUGGGAAAACGUAGCAGAUUAACGACCAAUACUUGUUGAUGUUAUACAAUUAUACCACUUCUCUUUAUUAGUCAUUGGCACAUGCAUGCAUCAACAGCCUUCAAUUAAUCAUUGACAUGUUUUUCUUCUAUUAUUAAAAACCAAAGAAUAGUCUUGUUAGUGAUAGACUGUCUCACCAAGUUCAUAUUUUCAAUUUCUUCAUGUCAUGUUUUGUUAAUCAAAAUUCUCAGGUAUUCUAGCUUUUCUUUUGUACGUUUUUACUCAUUACAUUUCAUGUUCAUGUAAUGACCACAACAUAUUAUGAAAAUGUAGUAUUUCAUUAUUAGCGACCAAGCACAUAGCAUCUUUCAUUUACAAGGAUAAUGGAUAGAUAGCAUCUGGUUUGCCCCUUGUCCAUAAAUACAAAGCUACUGUAACUGCCCAUCCCAACAAGGUAUUCCAGCAAUUUACAGUCUGAAAUUCUGUCAAAGUUCCAGAUUUCCUUCUUGGAACAUAUUGUAGAACAUUAUUCAAUUCCAAAAGUGCUCACGUUUUAACGACAAAAUGGCAUCACUGCCUUAUGGUCAUCAUUACCGAAUUACUUCACAUUGCACAAAAAAAAAAGCGCCACUUAUUGACCACUGCCUGAAGAAACAAGUCACGUCUAAUAAAAAUGUGUUAGUGAUUCUAUGGUUGUGUUUAAACAGGCAGCCCAAUACUAUGUUUUCUUCACUGAUUGAUCUUUUGACCAAUCAGAUCAACUCUGAAAGAAAAUCUGAUGUGAUGAGAUCAGAUGUGAUUGGUUAAAAGACCAAUUUGUGUAAAAAAAAAAUCCAAAUUGGUCAGCCUGUGUAGACGCAUCCUAAUAUACACCAUGUCAGAUUACUGUUGAUCCACUCAUUCUCGCUUUUCAAGUUAAACCAUUCUUUCACUUCAACCCUCAAUUAACCAUCGAUAUGAUAAAAACUGCCUGACAAAAUGCCACUUAAAAUAUUCCUUUGUUGUGACUUGAAUGUAACUGUCUGAUGUUUCUAUCUUCGCAUAGUCUUUGACUGUUUUAACUGUGUUGAGAAGAUGCUUAUUCUGGUGCAGUUUUAUGUCUGUAUCAUUCCUGUUUACGUCCACUGGUGGUUGUUCUUCGAGAAAUCUGUAUCUUUUGUAUUUUUUGUAUUGUAAAAUCUUCUCACCCUUCUCUCUCUCUCUCUCUCUCUCUCUCUCUUAUCUGUUGACAAUUGUAUGCAUGCUUAUGGUGUGCGAUGUAGGCAAGGUUGUUAAGAUAAUUGUUUGUGUCUUCUGUGUUGAAAGGCUCCACCUGACAGCCUCGCUGCAUGCCAUUUCAGGCUGAUCUUUUAGUCUCUGUAACAUUCCUGCCAAAAUGGAAUCACCGCGCACUCUGAGAAUAAAGUGAUUUCAUAUAAUUGUU